AUGAGACUCCUUACUAGUGUCCUCACCGCAGUUUCUGUGGCCUUUGCGGCCGUUGCUGAAGCUUCUUGUGAAAACGCCCCCUGCUCUCCUGGUCCCAACAGUAUAAGGACCGACCUGGGGCCCCGCCUCUCGCCUAAUGCAACCAUUGCCCUCAGGUGCGACAACAGCACGCUGUUUAAGGAGCUUACCUACCGUUACAGCACCGUUCACCCCCAGCUCACUGCCUUUGUUAGUGUCGGCGCGGGGGAGGACGUCGGUGAGAUUAUCAAGUAUGCACUAGAAACGGACCAUCAGGUCCUUGCUGGGAACCGUCGCCAUGGGUGGUCCGAGUCGCUUAACCGCAUCAAAGACGCAUUCAUGAUUGACAUCUCCACUCUUCUCGAUAUCGAUAUAGACACCGCCGGAAACACGGUCACUGUCGGCGGGGGUGUUAAUAUUGGUGAGAUCAUGGCCGCGCUUCAGGCUGUUGGAAAGGAGACUCCAACUGGUGGCUGCGACUGCGUCGGUCUCCUCGGCGCGACGCUGGGUGGAGGCCACGGUCGGCUCCAGGGCCUCCACGGCCUGAUGAUUGACAACCUCCUCUCCGCCGAGCUCACCAUCGCUACCGGCGAGACCAUCACUGUCUCAAACACCUCAAACCCAGAGCUCUUUUGGGGUCUAAGAGGGGCCGGCCAGAACUUUGGCAUAAUCACAGAGGCCACCUACCGGAUAUAUGAUGCAACCAACGGAGGAAUGCAGUUUAUGGCCGACAUCAUCUACGACACCACACUGCUUCCGGAGGUAUUUGAAGCGUUAAAUAGCUUUGAUGUACCGGCUGAGACUACUAUCCUGGUCGCGUUCUUUGUCGAUCCGGUGACCAUAGAGCCACGGUUGUUUGUGAACUUUGUCUCUUCCAUUCCUGAAGCUGCUGCCCGCGCUCAGUUGGACUCCGUGUUUGGCCACAUCCCGUACCUCUCAAUGAAUGACUUGGUACUGCCUUGGGCCAGCGCCAAUGGCAUGAGUAUCAGCCAAUCCGCCUGUGAAAGCCGCGCCCGAAAGGAGCUAAGCGGCGUGUCGACAAAGGGGUGGCACCUCCCAUCGAUCCAGCUUGUGUACGAAAAGUUCGCAGAGUUCGUUGCGGAUCCUGCGUGGGCGGGCGCGGUGGUCGUCUUCGAGUCGUACUCUGUGAAGGGUGUUCAGGCUGUGCCGGCAGAGACCACGGCCUAUCCAUGGCGUGAAGAGACAGGUAUCAUUCUCUUCAGUAUCUCAUACAAGAACGCCACACUUGAUGCAGCGGCGGAUGACUGGGUCAAUGAGAUCAUGGCGAUUCUGCAUGCCGACAGCGGCUUCGAUAGGCCGGCAGUUUACAUGAACUACGCAAAGGGCACGGAGGGCUUCGGUGCCGUUUACGGGUAUGAGAAGUGGCGGCAGGCGAAGUUGAAGGAUUUGAAGAGGAAAUGGGAUCCAAGCUGUAUGUUCAGCGGGUACAAUCCGAUACCGAUUCACUGUGGUGCGUAA